AUGAUGGAGUCUUGCCUCGCGGACGUGCAGGAGCCGCCGGGAUACUUGCUUUCGGUGGCUGGCGUGGUGUUCGCGUCUCUGCUGGCCGUGACCCUUUCUUCUUGGAGAAGAGACGCAGCGAAGAAUAAGGCGCGGGAUGCGCGGGCCCUGAGCGACGAAGCUGCGGCUGCUGCCAAGAGACGGGAGGCGAAAACGUACCCGGAGGUCACGAUGGACGCGGUCCACAAGCACUGCAAAGCGAAUGAUGCUUGGGUCGUCAUCGGGGACGGUGUCUACGACGUGGGCAAGUGGGCUCCGCACCACCCGGGAGGAGAGCGCAACAUCGUCGACAUCUCCGGCAGAGACGUAACGGAUGUGUUCGAGGCGUUUCACCGUGAGCCGCGGCACCGACAGAAGCUCGAGGGUUUCCGGAUCGGCACGCUGGUGGGGUAUACGCCUUCACCGCUCGUGCAGGACUUCAGGGCCCUCGGGCAGGAGAUUGAGGACGAGGGGCUGUUCGAGAUCGAUCCAUGGUUUUUCAUCAAGAGAUACAUCGUUCUGCUGCCGAUCCUAGCGCUUGGCGCCUACAUCGUUAUCACGUAUCGCGACUGCACGGGAAUACAGCUCUGUGGGGCUGGUCUCGUGGGUUUCUAUUGGCAGCAACUGGCGUUCUUAGGCCACGAUGCCGGGCACCGCAGCCACACUGCUGACCGGGCCUCGGACGACUUCACGGCGUACUGCCUUAUCCUUCCCCUUCUCGGGAUCGGGCCUCAAUGGUGGAUUGACUCGCACAACAUCCACCACGUCGUGUGCAACGAUGUACACUGCGACCCGGACAUCCAGCAUCUCCCGUUCAUGGCGAUUUCGCCCAAGUUCUUCGCCUCGUUGUACUCGGUGUACCACGACAAGAUCAUGAUCUACGACUUCCUUGGUCGGUGCCUUGUGUCCGUGCAGCACCUUCUUUUCUACCCCCUCAUGUGCUUGAGCCGAACCUUCCUGUACGUCCAGUCCAUUGUGUUCGUUCUCGCCAAGGCCAGGGCCAAGAAGAGGGUGCACGAGCUGCUCUCGUACGUUAUCUUCUUCUGCUGGAACGCCUACCUUUGCAGCCACUUGCAGGGUGCUUGGCCACGGGCUUCCUACUUCUUGGUAUCCCACGCGGUGUCGGGUAUCCUGCACGUCCAGAUCACGCUCAGCCACUUCUCGAUGGACGUCACGGAGCAGCCGCAGUACCGCAACGACGAGGAAGGGUGGGUGGUGACGCAGCUCAACACGACGUUGGACGUGGACUGCUACCGGUGGAUGGACUGGUUCCACGGAGGGCUCCAGUUCCAGACGCUGCACCACCUCUUCCCGAAGCUGCCGAGGUAUAACCUGAGAACGGUCCAGUCGCGCGUCGCCGCUUUGGCCGAGAAGCACGGCCUCACCUACCACCUGUACCCCUUCCUGCAGGCGAACAUCAAGACCUACCUGGCGAUGAGGGAGACGGCCCGGCAGGCCUGGACUAAACCGAACUUCAAGUUUACGGAUUCGAUGCUCUACGAAGGAGCUUCAUUGGUGGGGUAGAGUGGUCGCGCGGCUAGUGCUCCAAGAUUAUUCGAUCGGUAUGUAUUUCAAGGAGCGUCACUAGGGUAUCAGUUGACAGUUCGACUAACAGUCCAGAGGGGGGGUCUUGGUUAGAGCAGGGGAUGAGAUACCGUGAGGAAGUUACCGGAUUGUUUUCUCGAACUUUGUUUUUAGAUAUCGCUCUGCAACGCCCGUCGCGUCGCGUUUUGGGCAUUGGAACAGGAUCGACGCCGCGCUUUCGACAGCGUUCGCGUUUCUUUCAGAUCGCGCAAAUUUUGGCUUCAUGAUUUACUCGUCUGUUUUGGCAAACGAUUUGUGUCGAACCGGGCAUGGCCUUCUCACUAAUUUUCUAAAAAAAUGCAUAGUGUCGUGUGUUCUGUUUGGUGUAGUGAUUUUCUUCUGGCAUGUCACAGAUCGGUGUUGGGUUCUUUGUUGUUGUUUUUCCAUAUUUUCGAUUUGCCUCUGUGUAAGUCAUUAACUAGCUUCGAUCGUGCAAAAAUUCCCGCUGACCUUGUGAAAAGACAUCAGGUAGAGAGGUUAGUCUUCCAGGAGUGCGCUAUAUUAUAGGACCCGGUUUUGUCAGCUACGCCUCUUUCGUGGCACGUGCGUGCUUCAUCGCUAGUCGUUCUAGUGU